UCAUGAAUCCCCCUCUGACUAAUUUUGGUGCUUCUUAUGCACCACAACCUCAUAAAAUUAAUAACCCCGUGAAUGAUAUUCAGCCAAAGUAUAAGGAUGGUUUCUUGAUGGAAACACAGAAAUUCCAGGGCAGCUUCAAUUCUAAUGCCUCCAAUGGUUUAUUGGAUGUUGUCAUCAAACCGGACCUUGCAGAAGCUGCGUUUAUGGACGGCGAUAUCGGAUGUGAUAUGUAUUCUCUCGGUGCAUGUAUGUAAACUGAUUUGGCGU